AUGAACAAUGAGAAGUUCAGUAAGUUCUGGGGGAGAAACAAAUCACAAGAGUCUCAAUCACCUUCAAACAUCCCACAUGGACCCGAUAAAGAAAAGACUCAUAUCAGACAUGAAUUAGAAGUGCUGCAUUACCAGAAUGCCAGUGUAUCUUCAACACGAACAAAUGAAGAUAUCAACAACUCUAACCCAAAGAAAGAGAAGAAUAAUGGUUCCAGUGUAGAUCCACCGGUGAAGGCCGAGCACAGUCUGGAGCGGGUGAAGUCUGUCCAUGGGAAGACAGAUUUUGCUGCUGACCAGAAAUACUAUGAAAGUGUGAAUACAGAAAGUCAGUAUUUCACAUCUCCAAAAAGAAGUCCAGCAUCAAAUCAACAAAUAAGUUCCAGUGACAGACUCACCAUUCACUUUCAUGCAGUUGUUUUAAAAGAUUUUAAGUUUAAACCAGAAAAACAUCGUAUCUUCAUAAGGGCCGGUAGUCGCAUUGGUAGCUGGGACGACAAUUUGGCUGAGCUGCAUGUGUCAAGGAAUCUCGGAGAGAAUGGAUUUUUUGUGGAAGGGAAAUGUGAAUGCAAAAAGACUGAUGCUGUAUCUGUGUCCAUCCCAUACAAGUAUGUUGUGUAUAAACCUAAAAAGGAUAAGUUAUGUUAUGAAUACAUCUACAACCCGGCUUCAAAAGAAAUCACCAACAGAUGUCUGUUUGUCAAACCACAUCUCCUAACUAAUGAAGGAGAAUGGCAUCAGUAUGAUGAUAUCAUCUAUUCAGAACCAUCAGAACCAAAAACUGUGAUCAAUCGAGUGAUGGAUUUUGUGCUUUCUGAGCAGAGGAAUAAAAUAAUCAAGGGAAGAGAAAAUGCUGGUUCAGUCAUGCUGGACUCUAUCUUUUCCCUUCUGAGAUGCUGGAGCAAAAUUAACCUCAGCAACUUCUUUUGUCAGCUGCAGCAGUUUUAUGACGUCUAUGGCAACCCUUUUGUAUUUGAAAGCACAGAAGUUAAACGGGUCUUACCUAAUUAUGGUGAAAAAGAUGUGAGAAAGCUUCUGAAGGGGUUCAUGCUGAAGUGGGUGACUCCAGACCUACAAACAGGCAUUGAAGUAAAGAAUGCAUUCAUAAUGGAGCCACUGAAUGCUGCUCUCAUUUUGCUCUAUGUGUGGCGACAGUAUAGUCUAGAUUUAGAUGGAGGGACUCUUUCUCGUCUCUGCACUGCCCUCUGCCUGCCAAAAUUACCUGAAGAGGAGUUCCUGUCUUUCUGGAAUGAAAUGACAGAAUCGUUCUCAGUAAUAAACAACUGGAUGCCCUCUUCUGGAACUCUGACAUCUUCAGCUGAAAUGGUGGAAGUGCUGAUCAACAGGGUGAAAGCAGAUAAAAUGUCUAACUGGAUCAUCGUUCUACCACUAUUGCACUUACUCAAAGGCACUUCAAAACCAUUUCAGCCAGUGUUAAUUAAAAUCAACUCACAAUCUGAGCAGAGCUGGGCUGGCCUGCAGGAACACAACUCAAAUGUUCUUUCCCUCAGAUACCAAGAUCGAAGUGUGAUGCUGAGUCUCAUGAAGACACAUGAACAUUUGGUAGAGAUAGACAGACUGCUGGCUAGGUCUUGGAUGUAUCUGAUGACUGUAGAUGAGUUGGUCGAGUGUGACUCCUUCAUCCAUGCAGAGCUCCUGGACAUCCUGCUGAUUUUCACUAUGAAAUGCCCCAAAGAAAUAUCAAACAGAAAUUCAACAAGCAUUUCGAAGAUUCUGGAACACAUUCAGACUGACUUGCUCCACCAAAGAUACAGCUGUCUGGAUGAGGAUUAUGGCAUUCAGUGCAUUCAAGCAGCUUGCAAACUUCUAGAGAAGAUCUGCACAAGAGUCAGUCAUGCAUUUACAAAUAUUCCUGUUGCUUGCAUGAACCUUGUGGCCUCUGUAUCAAAAGUUGUGCAGACAACACAACACAUGGACACUUUUUCUGAGAAGACUCAUGAGUUACUCAGUGAUGCCAAGAAAACAGUCAGAACAUGGAUUGGACGAACUUUCAAAAGCAGACUUUUAAACAAAGUUUCUGGAAUGGUUGCCGACUUCACUGGAGAGAUUGAGAUGUGGAAUAAAAUUAUAACCAUAGAUUUCAUGAGUGAGAACUUAACUAAAGAAUGGAGAGAGACUUUUACACGGGACUUUGAGGGAAAAUAUCAACAGGAAGAUGAUCUCGAUCAAAUACUGGUUUAUUGCUCAAAGAUUGAGAAAUUAAAUGUCUUCAAGCCUUUAUUGCUGGGUAGUGUGAAGAAGUGUGCUCUCCAGGCUGUUACCGCAGUAUGCCAGGCUAAAUCUGAGGGGAAACUUUUUGAGAGACUGAAUCAUUUCCACCUUAACUGGAAAAUCGACACACUUGUGUCUACGAUCAUCCUGAAGUCCUGGCCAAGAGACAGCGAAGGAACCUAUCUGCAGGAUGAAGAAGUUGUUCUCAAACAUCUACUGGGCUGGACAGCAGCUAAGAAUGUCUUUCAGCUUCAUGGUGAAGAACUGAUCAGUCAGCUUUCUGAAGAAGCUAAAGAGAAAUUUGAGAUGGCAAUCUCAUCAUUCACAAACAUUUUAAAUCAACUUGUAUCAGGGAAAAUAAAAAUAAAGCUACUCAACCACAUCCUGCAAAACAAGAGUGCUUUCUUAGACCUGCUUAAAUUAGAUUGUUUUUGUGACAAUGAACAAUACGGGGACAUCAAUGCCAUGAACAGGCUUCUUGACUGUAGACAAAAGGAGGUGGAUGCUAUUUAUCAUGAGAAAUCACUGGUGGAUGCUCUCAUUAUAAUGUGCCGCAAUCUACAGAAACAUGCAAGGGUUGAUUUCGAAGGGUUGGAAGACAAACGGCGUAAUGACAUUGAUGAGAUGGACCUGGACCAGUUUGUGGAUGUUCAUUUAUUAAAUCGGAUUUCCUCUGAAAUAAGAGUAGUCAGUUACUUUGAGCUUGAAGAUGAUGUUAGAUCUAUGGCAGAGGUCCUAUACAAAUUCAAAGACAGCUGCAUCUUCAGAAAGUGUUGGGUCAAUGAGGCAAAAAAGUUUUCUAAAGAUAAUGGAGCAGUUCCUUCAGAUGGUGAUUUGGUUAUCUCACCCAAAGUGCUUCACAGUCACAUAUUUACACCAUGCUACAAUGCCUAUAGAAACAUAUACACAGCGUUUAAAGAUGGCAGCAUCACUUUUGAAAAUAUUGAUGUGACAUUCAGAGCCUACAAGGGAAAAUAUGAAGAUCUUGCAGCAGAAGUUGCAAUCAUAUGCAGACUGGAUAGCAGUGAUGACCGAGGUUGGGUCCAGACAAGAAUCCAUCAGAUUGAGGCGUACCAUGAGCUUCAUCUGGCUGUAGAGUCAGCUAAAGUGGUCAAGAAGGUCAAACAGACACUCGGCUUACAGGGAGACUUUCAAGUCCUGGAGAAGUUACUUAAUACUAGACACAAGGAGCAUCUUAACAGUAUUGAUGAUGAGUUGGUGCAGGCAAAAAUGGUGCUUGUGGAUAUAACAGAACCCCGUAGACUGUGCCUUCAGGAGCUCGGUCUCAGAAAGAAUUUUGUUAUGUGGGUAAAAAACGUUCUUAGAGACAUCAAUGAGUUGAAAGUCUUUGUGGAUUUGGCUUCCAUCUCUGCCGGAGAGAAUGAUAUGGAAGUGGAUCGUGUGGCCUGUUUUCAUGAUGCAGUUCUUGGCUACUCCUCAAUGCUCUAUGAUUUAAAGCCAGAUGCUGACUUCCAGCUUUUUAAAGAGACAAUGAAGAAACUGUGGAAGGCACUUGGCAAUGACCCCAACCUCCCAAAGAAACUGCAUGACUCUGCAAGACACUUAGAAUGGUUAAAGACUGUCAAGGACAGUCAUGGGUCAGUGGAAACCUCAUCUCUGUCUCUGGCAUCAGCUAUCAACAUCCACGGCGUCUAUGUUAUUAGUGCACAACAUCAAAAGUUUUGCUUGGAAGAUAUUCUGAAGUUACAUAUUAUAGAAGAGCAUGAUGAGGGCCACGAGACACGCAUUUAUUCUUUUGAAGACCUCAGGGACCUUCAGAAUAAAUUGAUGCUAAUGUCGGGCAAAGGAGAUCAGGGUCAGCGUGAAGUCAAACGAUUUGCAGAGGUCUUUGCCAGUGUACAGAGGUUUUCCUGUGCAUUUAUUGAUUUGUUUGUUGCUGGAAAUCCGUUAUUCAGACACUGGAGGGCAAAGGUCAACUGUAAUAGUAAAGAAGCAUGCAUCAUUAUGGACCGCGAUUUAGGAAGUGAUGUUAGUGUCAUGAUGGAAGGUGAUGUCACAGAACAGUUGCCAGAAGUCUGUCGGAAAAUGGAGAGCUGUUUAUGCUUCUGGAAGGCUUUUAUGGCCAAGCAGAGAUCUGAGCAUUAUUACUUGAACUAUUUCACUUCAGAACAGGUGGUCUACCUGUGCAGCCAGCUCACCAAGAAAAAUGUGACUGAAAUGAAUGAUCAAGUUCUUAUGAUGCUCUCCUUCAUCAAACCUAAUUGUUCCUUUUUGGAUGUGACACAAGCUUGGCACAGGCUUCAGUAUGAUGUUGUUAUGAAGGAUCUUAAGCAAAAUGAUGACUUAGAAUUUCAAACAUUUGCAGAAGUUCCCAGCAUGACUGAAUGUGAUUUAAGUACUGAGGAGCCCUGUCCAUCGAUUGACAACUUGCCAGGUCUGUUGAGAAAAGCUGAUGGGUCAGAAAAACUAUGUGUGAUUUGGAAUGCUUACAUGCGAGACAUGAACAACUUCCUGCCAGACUUCCUUGAUGUCAGAAGCCUUGGAUAUCUUCUUGAAAUACUAGCCAAUAGUACCAGUGAAUAUGAGAGUGAUUCCAAACAGGAUGAGAAAACAAGUAAUAUUCAGAGAGAACUCCCUUAUGGAAUGGCUACUGGAAGACCAAAUCUGAUCAUCUGCCCUUCUGAAGAAAUUCUAAUAACAUGCAUUUCAAUUUACAUUAGCAGCAAAAAUGAGCCUCUACCAACCUAUGAUGAAGUACUCCUCUGUAGUGCUUCCACUCCAUAUGAAGAAGUGGAGCUUUUCCUCAGGCGUUGUCUCUCUGCUGGCUACAAGGGAAAAAAGAUAUACACAAUGCUGUAUGUGGACCAACUUGCCUAUGAAGUCAGCUACAAAGUGGAGCAGUUUUUUCAGCAGCAAGAAGCACAGAGCAGAGAUGAUUACAGACUGGUGUUGGUCUGCAGCUCAAACAGAGAACAUGCAUACCUUCCCUCUGCUUUUAGUCAAUUUAGAUUGCACUUGGUUCCCCAGGAACCUGUAGUCAGUAUUCAGCAAUAUCUUGUUAGGCAUUUUACAGUCCCAGCUUACAUAUCCAGUGCUGCUGCUGUGUUCAAAAACAGACAGUUUGUGGGAGUUGUAAUCUCUGAAAGGUCAGGAGUAGGGAAGUCACUUCACAUUAAAAGAAUGCAUGAGAAAUUGGAGAGGAUCACAGAUAAGCCUUCCCAGCUGAAGUGCAUCAGGUUAACUGAUCCAAGAGUUGAUGAAAAUGUCAUCCUCAAGUUCUUGCUUAACAGCCUCAAGAAAAAGGAACUUUUAGUCUAUCAUUUUGACAUCACCACCAUGGUCAAAACUGGACUUCAUGAAUUUCUGUUCAGACUGUUGAUUCUUGGAUACCUCAUGGACUCUGAAGGAAAUAUGUGGAAAAGCAGUAAUAAGCACUUAUAUUUAAUUGAGAUUCUAAGACCAGAUGGCAGAACAUCACAGAAUGACAGAAAAGCUGGUGCGGGAGAUCCAUCUGCUUUCAUGGAUGUGUUUCCAAGCGUUUACUGCUGUCCACCUAAAGAGGUCCUUGAGCUAGAAAUGAGAAUCCAGGAAGAUCCGUCAUUAGUAAAGGGUGAUGAUCCCCUUAUGGAUGACCAAGAGUUCCAAAGUGAGGCCUAUCAGCGGCCUUAUCAGUACCUGCAACGUUUCUACAAUGGUAUUAAUUUGGAUGCCUUCAGGUACCAAAGAGUUGAGGGCACUCAUGUUGAAUGCCUUCAGAUGUUGUUUGUGUACUGCGGCAUUGCAGACCCAUCUUGGGCAGAGUUGCGGAAUUUUGCUUGGUUCCUAAACUUACAACUUAAGGACUGUGAAAACUCCGUUUUUUGUGAUGUUUCACAUAUAGGGGACAUUUUGUUGGGAUUUAAAAAUGUUGUUGUUGAUUUCAUGAUUCUCAUGGCAAAGGAUUUUGCCACUCCCUCACUUAGCAUCUCUGACCAGAGUCCAGGGAGAUUGCAAAAUUACCUUUCUUCUGCAAAUGAAGAGGAUCUUGCUCCCUUUAGGAUAAGAAAACGAUGGGAGUCAGAACCACAUCCAUAUAUUUUCUUCAAUGAUGACCAUGUGUCUAUGACAUUCAUUGGCUUUCAUCUUCAGCCAAACGCACAGAAAAAGAUUGAUGCUAUUGAUCCAUCAACAAACAGAGUGAUCAAGCAGAACAUCAUGACUAGAGAGCUCUAUGAGGGCCUUAAACUACAGGGAGUUUCUUUUAAUAUUGAUUUUGACCAGCUUCCAAGACCUGAGAAAAUUGAUAAACUUUCCAGGGUUUUGGGAAUUCAGUCUCCUACUGACCCAGAUGAAACAUAUGAGCUCACCACAGACAACAUGUUGAAAAUGCUGGCAAUUCAUAUGCGCUUCCGCUGCGGGAUUCCUGUAAUAAUCAUGGGUGAGACAGGAUGUGGGAAGACCAGACUAAUCAAAUUCCUUUGCGAGAUGCACAGAGGUGCAGUUGCCUCUGACAACAUGAAACUAGUAAAGGUUCAUGGAGGGACAAGUUCAGACAUGAUUUACACCAAAGUGAGAGAAGCAGAGGACAUGGCUUUAAGAAACAAGAAGGAUCAUGGCUUUGACUCUGUGUUGUUUUUUGAUGAAGCAAACACAACAGAAGCCAUUGGCAGCAUUAAGGAAAUCCUCUGUGACAACACUGCUAAAGGACAGGAUUUGAUAAUUGACACUGGCUUGCAAAUUAUUGCCGCUUGCAACCCAUACAGGAAACACACAGAUGUAAUGAUCAAGAGAUUGGAGUCAGCUGGUUUGGGAUACAGAGUUCAUGCUGAGGAAACAGAUGAAAAACUUGGAUCCAUUCCACUUCGCCAACUUGUGUACAGAGUGCAUGCUUUGCCACCUAGCAUGAUUCCACUAGUUUGGGACUUUGGACAACUCAGUGACCAGACUGAGAAAAUAUACAUCAAGCAAAUAGUCGAAAGAGAAGUUCAAACAAAUUCUGUUGAUUCAAACUACAUUACAACCAUCACAGAUGUUCUGUCAGCCUCACAGAUGUAUAUGCGAACUAGACAGGAUGAAUGUAGUUUUGUGAGUCUGAGGGAUGUCGAGCGUUGCAUGAAAGUUUUUAGCUGGUUCUACAUAAACAACUCAAUGUUACUUUCAGAGCUCUACCAGUUUGAGAGUGGAAAAAGUAAUGACCAACAUCAAAGGGAUACUGUAAUAAGAAACCCAAUUCUAUGGUCAUUAAUUAUGGCUGUUGGUGUGUGUUACCAUGCCUGCUUGGAAGAUAAGGAGAAAUACAGAGAAAAUAUUUGCACAUACCUUCCAGAAUCCUAUAGCCAAAUGAAUGUGAUGCAGGAGAUUUCAGUUAUUCAGGAUCUUUUCCUGAGUGGAGUUCCAUUGGGUGAAACUAUUGCCCGAAACAAUGCCUUGAAAGAAAAUGUCUUCAUGAUGGUUAUUUGCAUUGAACUGCGAAUACCUCUCUUUUUGGUUGGAAAACCUGGAAGCUCUAAGUCUUUGUCAAAAACUCUAGUUGCAGAUGGCAUGCAAGGACAAGCAUCUCAUUCGGAUUUGUUUAAAAAUUUGAAGCAAAUUCAUCUGGUUUCCUUCCAGUGCAGUCCUCAUUCUACACCAUAUGGGAUCAUCAAUACAUUCAAGCAAUGUGCCCGUUUUCAGGAAGGAAAGAAUCUAAAGGAAUAUGUCUCAGUGGUAGUGCUAGAUGAAAUAGGCUUGGCUGAAGAUUCCCAGAAAAUGCCCCUGAAAACUUUACAUCCUUUGUUGGAAGAAGGAUGCAUAGAUGACCAACCAGUACCCCACAAGAAGGUUGGAUUCAUCGGUAUCUCAAACUGGGCUUUGGAUCCAGCCAAGAUGAAUAGGGGGAUAUUUGUUUCUCGUGGUGAUCCUGAUAAAAAGGAAUUGAUUGAGACUGCUGAAGGAAUAUGUUCCUCAGAUUCCAUGAUCCUUGAGAGGGUGAGAGAUUACUUUCAGCCUUUUGCCCAGGCUUACCUGAAAAUCUGUAACGAACAAGGCAGAGGUUUCUUUGGUUUGCGAGACUAUUACAGCUUGAUAAAAAUGAUGUUUGCUGUAGCCAAAGCUACUGAUCAGAAGCCUAGUGCAGACCAGAUUGUGAAAGCUGUACUGAGGAACUUCAGUGGCAAGGAUAAUGUGAAUGCUGUCACAGUUUUUACCAAUGAACUAAAUAUCAAUCCCAAACUUGAGAAUAUUAGAAUCAUUGAGCUUGUAAGAGAGAACAUCACAGCCAUUGAUCAAGAUGAGGAGUGCAGAUACCUGCUGGUUCUGACCAAAAACUAUGCAGCCCUUCGAAUUCUACAGCAAACGUUUUUUUCAGAUCAGUGCCAACCAGAGAUCAUCUUUGGUUCAAGCUUUCCAAAAGACCAGGAGUAUACUCAGAUAUGCCGCAACAUUAACCGUGUCAAGAUUUGUAUGGAAACUGGUCAAACCAUUGUGCUUCUGAACUUGCAGAACUUGUACGAAAGUUUGUAUGAUGCUCUCAACCAAUAUUAUGUUUGGCUUGGAGGUCAGAAAUAUGUGGAUUUGGGGCUUGGAACCCACAGAAUCAAAUGCAGAGUACACAGAGAUUUCAGGCUCAUUGUCAUUGAAGAGAAGGAUGUUGUGUACAAGCAGUUUCCCAUUCCACUGAUCAACAGGUUGGAGAAACAUUAUCUUGACAUCAAUACCAUACUAAAGAGUGAGCAAAAGGACCUAGUUCAGAAGCUUGAGCAGUGGGUUGAAAGCUUCAUUGCAGCUAAAAGCAAUCACUCAAUUGCUCCCCAAGCAUGCUGCUACCGUCCUGCUGAUGCUUUCAUUGGCUACCACUCAGACACCUGUGCCUCUGUUGUCCUGCAAGUCACAGAGCAACUCAAAGGGCAGAUUUCAGAUUCAUUGAAGAUGAUUUUAGAUGAGGCUAAAUUAAUCCUUUUGAACUGUGCUACACCAGAUGCAGUGAUUAGGCUAGACUGCACUUCCUUUUCCAAUGUAGAAACUGAGCACUUGUCAAGGGUGUACUUUGAAGACCAGAAGCAUAGCUCACUUGCUGACUUCAUCCUUUCUCAAAUACAGCAAGCAGGUCCUAGCCAUGCCUUCUUCACAGAGGUAACUACAUUCUCAAGACUUCUGACUGCAACAGAAACUAAACAACUACAGAACAUAGUUCAAAACAUUGAGCUACUGUCACUACAGCAGUUUGACACAGAAAACUCAUUCCUAAAGAAGAUCAGGAAUUAUUUGGAAAACAACACUGGAGACAAGACACUUAUCAUUCAAACCAAUUUUGAUGAAAGCUCCCAAAGCCUAAAUUUAAUUGGAUCUGCAAAGUAUUCUUCUCUCAAUGAAAUCAACAAAUUCAGGAAAGUGUCCAAUGGAAAGAUUUUUGUGUAUUUCAUCACUAAGCUACCCAGAAUGGAUGGUGGAACUUCCUAUGUUGGAUUUCAUGGUGGCCUUUGGAAGUCAGUCCACAUUGAUGACCUGAGAACAUCGAAAGACAUUAUCUCUGAUAUAAAAGCCUUGCAGUGUCUGACCAUCAGCCAGUUGUUUGAACAUAAAGCUGAGAAAGCAGAUGAGCCUGAAGCUAUGGAGGUUGAAGACAUGCUUACAGAAGAAGAGAAGAUGGAACUAGAAGAUAGUACUGGCUGGGAGAAUGUUUUAGACACCAAUGUGCUGGUUCGUAGCUGUGUUCAGAGUGCAGUUGGCAUGCUAAGAGAUCAGACAGAGACAGGCACCCGCAGCGCCAAGAGAAUAGAGAUUCUUCUUAUGCUCUUGGAUGACAAUGAAACUCUACAAGAUGAUUUUAUCACAGCUUUAAAGAAGCGCCUUCAUUCUCUACUGAUGGCUCACGAUGAAAACACAAUCUCUGCCAAGAGCUGGGUCUUCAAGGAGGCAAUAAAUAUUGAUGCAUUGCAAGAGGGGGGGACUUUUAGACAUGCCCUUUGGAGACGAAUUCAAGCAGUAGUAACUCCGUUUUUGGCACAAAUUGUUUCAAUUAUUGACCGCGACUGCAAUCUAGACCUCUUGCUGGAUAGAAACUCUGAUGAAUCCUUGAGGAAAUUGUGGCUGGACAUUUUUGGAGAUGUCAAAUUACUGAAUGUUCCUUACACAAGACUGGACAACAACUCAGAGAAGACAAUCUUGGUUCAGAACUACAUUGCAGUUGACAGCAAUGUGGGUUGCACCAUGCCUUUCAGCUGGAGGAUUAAAGAUUAUCUAGAGGAACUCUGGGUACAUGCUUUGAAGCGAGAAGGGCACUCUCUAGAGCAUUUUGAAGAGUUUUUUUGGAAGAUCCCCUUAGGCAGGUACAUCUCUGAAGCAACCCAAGAGAUGCAGAUGAAGUUUUUCCACAGGUAUCUCCAGGAUUUCAUCUCCAUGACCAUGAACGUAACAUCCGUGGUGAAUCUCGAGCUCUUAUGUGGAGCCCUUACCUGUGGUAUAAAUGAGCUUAGAAGUACUCAGGAUGUGCAUGAGAAUGAGGUCAUUUCUCUGCAAUGGGUACAUACUGCCUACCAUCACUUCAAGAACCGAAUACAGAACCUAUACAGGAUGAUCAGUAUAGAGCCUCAGAUUGCUCAGAUGCUUCUAGAUAACACGGGUGCCAGAGAGGGAGCAGAACUGGUGUUAGAUGUGUAUGCUGCGGUGGCCUGUAUUGAAUGCCUGGAGCCCCAGUCUUUAGACGAAGAUGUUCAAAGUCUGGCCUGGCUUAGACGUGUUAAAAAGCUACAGGUGCCAGUUGAGCUGGUCUGCUGUGAAGAGAGCCUACGCCACUAUGGAGAGAGAAGCAAACAGAUUGUAACCCACAUCCAACGUGGUUGGUGUUGCAUCUUUUCUCUGGCUUUGUUUGUGGAGCACAUGCUGCUGGGUGUCGAGGUUGUGCAGUUAAAUCUCAGGCCACUGGUUCUUGGCCACACACGACGCUUAGCACAAGUCCUAGAGAAGGACUCAGACCUCAAAAAGAAGCAGCCAUUUGAGGCAGUGAUCACCGUACUCAAAGCUUGCAAAGAUGAAGCAUCUCAGAGCAUUUUAAGGUUUGGAAAUCAGCUAUGUCCAGUGUGCACGGGAGACCCGCAGGACCCUUUGAGUCUGCCCUGUGAGCACAUCUACUGCCUGACCUGUAUCAAACAGUGGCUGGUGCCUGGUCAGAUGCUCUGUCCUCAGUGUCACCAUGAAGUGCCAGAUGACUUUGAGCUCAAGGCCUCUGACACAAUACGGGGUCUCUUCAGUCAAAAUGCAUUGUUCAGAAUGCGAUGCAAUGCUUUCUUCAUUGAUUUGGUGUCCAGCAUGUGCUUCAAGGACAGCACUCCUCCCAGUGAGGACAUCAUCCACCAUCUGUUAUCACUCCUGAUGGUGUCCUGCUCGCCCACUCAGAUUGAAGGGCAAGACCGCAGGUUCUUGACUAAGGCUCUUUCUCCCUUUGAUGACUCUGUGGAUAAAAAUCCUGUGGUGCGUUCAGUGGUGCUGAAACUCCUGCUCAAGUACAGCUUUGAUGAUGUGAAGCACUAUCUUCAGCAGCAUCUGACAGACGUUGAGCAAAGCAAAAUCAUUGAGGAGACUGAUAAAACCGAGCUUUAUUCUUUGUACAUAAAUUGUUUGGAGGACUCGAUGUAUGAUCGGACACAAUGGCACUCAGUGGCAGAGCAGCAGAGCUGUUUGCGGGAGGAAACACUCUUUCUGCUUGAGUUCCUUCAAUCUGAUUCUGUGUCUUCACACACUGAACCUAUAGAGCACCUGCAGCAGGUGGCCAGAGUUCGACUGUGUCUGGAUGUGGCUGCUGACUUGCUAGUUAACAGAGUGACUAGUGCAGAUGCACAGGAUGAUCCUUCAUCUGUUACCUCAGCGUUUUUGAACAGUGUGGCUGAUCUAUGCUGCCAGAGCAGGAAUGACUGGUACAGGGUGUACCUCAUCAGAAAGAUCUGCAGUUUUCAUGGGAUUGAAUAUGUCCAGCAACUUCUGCCACAGGAAGAGUUCAAAUGGAUGUUUCCUCAGAAGAUUCUUGAGUUGAAUCCCGAUGACAGCCAGAUUGACCACUAUCUAGCAUGUGGAGUGGACUACAAAACUGUUAGAAAUGCAGUAGCCAAAGCCAUUCUAGAUUGCAACAUGAAUGGAAUACAGGAAGCCAUUGAGUACUGCAAAAGCACACCCAUGAAGAAAGCUGUUUAUCUGCUAAUGGCUUUGUUCAGAGAAGUCACCUCAUUGUACAGAAAUGGAAACCCCAACGUCCACCCUAAACCUGAGCAACGUGCUGGCCUUGGAGAUUAUAUCAGAAGAACAGACAUCUUUGUCAAUGCUGAAAUGAAAGCGUUUGCUGAAGCGCUGGUGAAUAAUAAUCUUCAUGAUCUGCGUGUACAACCUGAGACGUCAGGCAAAGAGCUUCUUCUGGUGGAGGUUAUGGUUCACAUGGCUGCAGUCCUGUUGUGUGGAAAUCAGCUUUUACUGAAGCCACUGCAGCAGCUGGCUCUGUCCCCAAACAACAUGAUGGCUUCAUUCAUCCCAACUAUGCCGGAUGACAUGUUUGCUGUAGUCCGGCAGGCCAUGGAAGGUGUCCAGUGGUAUUCCUGUCCUAACGGUCAUCUGUGCAUUGUUGAUAUGUGUGGUCGACCCACGGAGGUUCGCCGCUGUCAAGACUGUAAUGCAGAAAUAGGUGGCACAAAUCACAUCCCCGUUCAAGGCUUCAAAGUCAUGCAGAUACAAGGGGACCGUACUAAGUCGGGACACAUUCUGGGUGACGCACAACGUCGUGACCAGCCAGACAUGCAGGACACUAAGAAUAUGUCCCCUGCCCCCUUCACUCUUCUCAGACUGCUCACACACAUGUCCAUGCUGCUGGGAGCUCAGAACAACCCACAGAGUGUGAUGCAGAUCAUCAAGCCUGCUGUGCCGGAUCCUGGGCCAUUCCUGAUGGCCCAUCUGUUGAAGGACAUGGAGCAGCUGAGCAGAGCUCUGGGUAAAGGAGUGGAUGAUACAGUCAGUACCAUCCAUUUGACCAUCCACAGUCUACUGGAACCCCGUCAGACCAGCCAGUGGCCUGCUCCUUAUGAUAAAAACCUUUCCUCUAAAGAUGCAAGAAAUGGAUGGGAAAAUGCCAUGAAUACUGAUGUAAUUACACAUCAACUGAAGGUUCUGGAGCAACAGCUAAAGAAAGUGAAUGAACUAAUCAGGGAAGAUGAGCGAGUGUCUUCUAAUGCAGUGAUGAAGCUGACAUUUGGGAAACCAGAGCUUUUCCUGAGCUCUUUGCCCCAGAACGUCCUUAUUCAUAAUUCUUCCAUCUGGAGCUGCAGGAGAAAGGUCUCGUUGUUGAGUCUGGCCAACACUGUGGAGCAAAACAAUGGCCGGGACACUUUACCAAUACUCUGGAGGUUCCUUCAAAAGGAAGCAGAGUUACGGCUAGUGAGGUUCCUUCCUGACAUCUUGGUUCUCCAGAUGGAUUUGGUAAAGAAGUUCCAGAACAUGACAGACCUAACCUUCAAAACCAUAGGAGAGUUUCUGGAUAGCCAUAAAGAAGCUUCACUAGUUUGGUAUAAAAAGUGCAUAAACAUCUUCUUGUCAACAUGGAACCAACUCAGGGUAUCUCUAGCCACUACAGGAGAGAUAAAGCUGCCGCCUGAAUACACUCAGGAAGAUCUGGUUCUGGACUCUGACCUGCAGGUGCUGCUGCCGCAGAGACGUGGUCUGGGCCUGUGCUCCACUGCCCUCGUCAGCUACCUCAUCGCCCUUCACAAUGACCUUGUGUACACUGUGGAAAAACACACCAGAGAGGAGUCUGGUUACACGGUAUGCCCAGCUGACCUGAUGGAGCUGCAUGUGAUCCGUUAUGACUAUGAGCGGGAGCUGAUGCCUCUGAUACUGUCCAACUGCCAGUACAGCAUGGAGCGCGGAAAGGAAACACUGAUGGAGUAUGACCUGCCCAAGAUUCAGCAGCAGAUCCUCACCCACUUUCUACAGGGCAAACCUGUCAUUGCACUUAAUGGUAUUCCGACAGUGGUGAACAGACAGGACAGAAAUUAUGAAAUUAUAUUUAUGGAUUUGAAGGGCAAAGUUCCACAAGAGCCACUGCAGGCUGUCACACAACACAACCUCAUGAAGGAGCUGCAGUGCUACAGUGACGUGUGUGAAGCACUGUCUACAAUCGACCUGGCCCUGGGGUUCCUCGCCAUGACCGGAGGACAGCCACACAUGCAGCUGGCCACUUAUUUGGAGGAAGUUCUACAGAUGACUGACAACAUGGCCCCGCACAUCCUCAAGGCAUUCAGUCGGUGCAGUCUUAAACACUGUGUGGCGCUGUGGCAGCUGCUCAGCUCUCUGAAAUCAGAGACGCUGCUGCGUCAGAAGGGGGACCCUUUUAAGGACAUCAGUGAGGAGUACAAACAUCCUCUGCAGGAGGAACACAGGAGCCAGAUCACUAGUUUUAUAACAAAGUCCAGCGCUGGUGCCUUCCUGAUGGAGAUCCAUGAAUUUCUGCUUUUAGGUCUGAAGAACCUAAAAGCCACAGACACCUACAAACCUGGCUGGGGUCUGAAAAUCACUGUUGUGUCCUACAUGGAGCGUAAAGAUGUGGAGGUUCCUCCUGAGGUUGACCAGUUCUUCCCUGAAGACAUUCUGCUCUCGCAGUGCAUUGAAAUGUGGAAGUUCUCAGCUCUUCUCAGACGAGAAAGAAAUCAAAGUUAGAUCCUGGAUAAAGUACAUCCGUUUUCUUACUCAAACACUCAUAUUAGACAAAGCUUAGAUUUGAUUUACAA